AUGGACAAAUAUAACUCACUUCUCGAUGAUGAAAAGUUUUCAUCCCUGACCUUGCAAGUGACAAAGUUCCCUAGGGAAUUGUCUAAUUGGGAAGCAUUAUUAAACCAUCUCAUAUUAUUUUCCUCGCCAUUGAAUAAAGCACUAGAUCCACAAAUACAGAAACUAAUAAGAAAUACAUAUACUUCCAUGCUGUUCUAUUUCCCAUAUUUGGAAAAUUACUACGUGGAUUAUGCCCUUUUCGAAUAUAAAUUGGGGAAUGUCUCCAAGAUGCACAAGAUAUUCAAACAUGCACUAAAUGUUUUCAAUCAAAGGUCGCUAUUAAUAUGGGUCUCAUAUUUGAAACUUUGUAACGAGGUAAUACCAGAUUCAAAACAAUUGUUUAAGAAAUAUGAGCUUGCGGAACGUUUCAUUGGGUUACAUUUCCUUAGUGGUGAAUUUUGGGAUUUGUAUCUAGAACAAUUGCAAGAAAGAUGCGCAAAUAAUGGCAGGUACCUAAUUGUUUUAAGGAAAAUAUUGGAAAUCCCAUUACAUUCAUUCAGCAAAUUCUAUGCAAUUUGGCUACGACAGAUUGAUUCGAUAAAUGAUUUAUCACAACUAUGUAGAAUAGCUCCUCAAAAUGACUUACUGAAUAAAUUGAAAAUCGAUGUCAAGUAUAAUGGUAGACGGGGUCCAUACUUGGCAGAGGCAAAGACACUUAUUAAAAAAUCAACUAAGGAACUAUAUACCGUGGUUCAAUGUCAAGUACUGGAUAUUUUUUCCUUAUUCGAAUCAAAACUUUAUACACAUUACUUUACCUCUCAAGGGACAUUGAUCUCAUCAGAUGAAAUUUCGACGUGGGAGAAAUAUUUGGAGUACACAAUAAAUUUGAAUGUAAAGCCAUUAACUCACUUAAAUUUCCAAAGGGCGUUAAUACCCCUAGCAGCAUAUGAUAUAGUUUGGAUAAAGUACGCCCAGUGGUUAAUAGAGAAAAAUGACGAUCUUGUCACUGCCAAGAAUGUACUUUUGAGAGCACUAAGUAUGUCAUUAAAGAAAACUUCCAUUAUGCGAUUCCUCUAUUCCAUUCUCUCAAAAAUGAACCAGUUUGAUACACUCUCCCGACUACUAGAACAAGUGGAAACUUCUUAUUUAAAUGAGAUAGAAAAAUCGGAUGACUUUGACAUAUUUUGGGAUUUUAUUCAAUUUCAAAUAUUCAUGAGUAAAACGCAAGGCCAAAGUCGAUAUUCAAAUUCUCAAACUCUCUCUUUGCUGCCUCCAAAAGUGUUUGACAAGAUCAUAAAACGUUUGUCUUAUGGAACAGAAAGAUCCGGACAAGAAAUGAUAUUAGAAGCUUUACUUCAACUUCAAACGAAAGAAAAUACACAGUUAAUCGAGGAACAGAUAUUCCAGUAUCUUAUUAAUACCAAUAUAGAGUACUAUACAAAAAAUGCAAAAUUCUGGUCCUUGUAUUGUCAUCUAAUAUUUUUUGAUCCAUCUAAGUCCUAUCUGGAAAGAAGAGCACACAUUGUAAAUAACAUAUGGAAAAAAGCAUCAAAAUACAGUCUGGAAGACAAUUCAAGUUUACACAAAUUUUGUGAAUCCUAUUUGCCUGAUGAUCUGGAUGCAUUUGAAGAUUUAUUUGUUGUUUAA